AAUUUAUCUGCGCUCACCGAGUGACCUAAUGAGCCGGGCUUCGUUGGUCGUCUGGUUUCCUCCCGCGGGUCGGCGAUUCGCAGAACCCUAAUCUCUGAUUCCGGAUCGUUCGAUUGCUCCCGACACCGGAUCGGAGGAGAGGAGAGGAGGAUCGGCUGAACCUGGGCGGCGAUGGGGAAGAAGAAGAAGAGGCCGUCGAAGAUGUGGUGCUACUACUGCGACCGGGAGUUCGACGACGAGAAGAUCCUCGUCCAGCACCAGAAGGCCAAGCACUUCAAGUGCCACGUCUGCCACAAGAAGCUCUCCACCGCUGGUGGCAUGGCCAUCCAUGUUCUCCAGGUCCACAAGGAGACCGUCACCAAGGUUCCUAAUGCUAAGCCUGACAGAGAAUCAACUGAGAUUGAGAUUUACGGAAUGCAAGGAAUCCCUCCUGAUAUAUUAGCAGCUCACUAUGGCGAAGAUGAAGAGGCAGCAGCAAAGACAAUGAAAGUGGAAAUGCCAUCCACUGGGCUUGUUGGAGUUGUACCUGGUUCAAUGGGCAUAAGAUUUCCUCCACCUCCAACUUAUGGUGCAGUUCCACCAGCAUACAAUCCUGCACUUCCAGUGCCACCUCCAACAUGGCCUGUUCCAGCUGCUCGUCCGCAACCUUGGUUUCCACCACAGUUGACCAUUCCAGUUCCUCCUGCACCUGUUGUGGCACCACAACAACCAUUAUUUCCUAUUCAGAAUGUUAUGACUCCUUUGAACUCCACUUCUGGUGCUGGACUUCAAUCACCACUUCCACCCGGCAUAUCAUCAUCCACACCACCUGCAGUGUCCCAACCACUAUUUCCAAUCAGUAGUCCAGCUGGUGUACCAGCUCAGAGUUCCCCAUUUUUGGCAACAUCCUCACCUGCAGUCAUUUCCUCAACCUCCCCUAUGAUGUUGAAAGGUGUAGCUGAUGCAAAUCCUGUAUCAAGUAUUGCUGCAAGUGGUUAUGUUGCUCUAAACAAUUCAGGUGUUGUUUCAUAUACAAACUCACAUGUGUAUGCUUCUGGUCCAAACACUGAGAACCCUUCAAUUGGACCUCCACCUGUGAUAUCCAACAAACCCCCUGCUUCCCAUCCCACCGCAAAUGAGGUGUACUUGGUUUGGGAUGAUGAGGCAAUGUCAAUGGAAGAAAGAAGAAUGUCUCUACCAAAGUAUCAGGUGCAUGAUGAAACUAGCCAGUUAGUGGUACAAAUCUGACAAGCUUGUGCUGCAAAAGACUCAAGGGUCCUCAACCUAGCACCAGGCCAGUGCGAAAAUGUGUAUGUAUUUUGUUCUGAUUAAAAUUUUAAUUUCUUGUAUGUGGUAUUUAUUCUCCCUAUUGCUUGUUAAUGAGCUUGGGGGCUUGGAUGGCACAAGAUAUAUCCCGACAGGCUUUUCUCAAUUCGUAGCAUUUCUUGUUAUCUAUAUUUGAUCACAGUGUGCGACAAGAGUUGGCACAGGUCAGCUUUCAUUCAUAAGCAAGUUUGGUACCUCUUGCGUAGCUAGAUAAUUAGACAUGAAGAAUGGUAGUAGCAUGCUGUAUGAGCACUUACUCGAAGCAUCUGUCUGAUUAAUUUUCUGCCUGCAUGUUGAAGCAGAUGAACUCUGUCAAUGCAGCCAUAGACAGACGGAUAUCUGAAAGCCAGCUUGCAGGUCGUAUGGCUUUCUAGUCUUUUUCCUAGUGCUGGAAGUUGAAGUCUCUUUGGCGAUCUUGGAAGGACUUGAUCCAUAAGCAACAAGCUUCAAUGAUCCUUCUGAAUAAAUAUGCUCUUCAUCAGAGGUUGGUUUGUCUGUCAAAGUAUCCAUAGACAAUUUAGACGAGUUUGUUGUUUCAUUUGAUGAUGAAUAGGCUGUGAGUUAUAAGUGUAAAGGUUUUGAACGGUUCUUCUAUCAAGAUUCUCAGCAGUUCUUCAGAAACUAAUACCACUGCUUCAUUUUGGUCA